AUGGAGCAGGCCACGGACGCACAGCAGGCUGUUCUGCUGAGGAGCGAACCCAUGCCGGAGGACGCAGUGAAAGUCAAAGGCUAUGAUUUCAACCAAGGCGUGGACCACGACAAGCUGCUGCAGUCGUUCCUCACGACCGGGUUCCAGGCCACCAACCUCGGCCUUGCCAUCGAGGAAGUGCAGCGCAUGCUGGACUGGUCGCUGGCCGAUGAGCCUGUGAAGGAGGGCGAGGAUGAAGAGCUUCGUGACCCAGAGGCGCGUAAGAAGGUCAAGACAAAGAUCUUCCUCGGCUACACCUCCAACAUGAUCUCUGCCGGUGUCCGCGACACCAUCCGAUUCCUCGUGCAACACAAGAUGGUGGACGUGAUUGUGACUACUGCUGGUGGCAUCGAGGAAGACUUUAUCAAGUGCAUGGCGGACACGUAUCUCGGCGACUUCAGCCUCAAGGGCCGCGACCUGCGACUCAAAGGCAUCAACCGCAUCGGCAACCUCCUCGUCCCAAACGACAACUACGUCAAGUUUGAGGAGUGGAUGAUGCCCAUCUUGGACCAGAUGUUGCACGAGCAGAAGACAGAGGGAGCGCACUGGACGCCAUCGCGCAUGAUCCACCGCCUGGGAAAGGAAAUUGACAACCCAGACUCGAACGAUAUCCCCGUGUACUGCCAUGAUGAAGCCGUCAGCGCUGCGUGUGCAAUUGCAGGAGACGUAAUGUUGAGGUGCGGGCAGUAA